UAGUACUAGGCCCGACAUUGCAUAUGCGGUUAGUUGUUUGAGUAGAUACAUGUCUAAUCCUGGAAUGCCUCAUUGGAAUGCUUUGAAAUGGCUUUUAAGGUAUUUGAAAUAUUCUGUGGAUGUUGGUUUGACUUUUUCUAAGUGCUCUGAAGGUGUUAAAUUAAUUGGCUAUGUUGAUUCCAAUUAUGCUAAUGAUAGAGAUAAUAGAAAGUCUACAACUUCUUAUGUGUUUACUUUGUGUGGCUCUUGUGUAAGUUGGAAAUCCCAACUUCAACCUAUUGUUGCUCUAUCUACUACUGAGUCUGAGUAUGUAGCUGCCACAGAAGCUUUCAAAGAAGCUAUUUGGCUUAGAGGUCUUUUGCAUGAAAUUAAUUUUCUUGACAAAAAUGUGGUUAUAUUUUCUGACAGUCAAUCUGCUAUUCAAUUGUGUAAAAAUCCUGUUUUCCAUGAUAGGACUAAGCAUAUUGAUGUUAGAUUUCAUUAUAUUCGAGAUAUUGUUGAAAAGGGAAUUAUAAAAUUAGAGAAAAUUCCUUCAGAAUUUAAUCCUGCUGACAUGGGUACUAAAUGUUUACCUGUUGAAAAAUUUGUUUCGUGUCAAAAGAUUUUAAAUUUUGAUUUUGGAUGAAUUUUUUCUGUGUUGCAUCGGUUUACUAUUAACUUACCUAGUGUUUGUUAAUAGUUUGGUGUUGGUGUCCCUUCGAACUCGAUGACCAUUAUGGUAGAGUAAAGUCCUUUAUGGACUCGGCAAGCUUGGUGUGUUGGCCCCUUUGUGAUCCGAGAAUACAUGGGGUAUUCUCUUAUAUUACUUGUAUAAUCUUUGCGAUAAUACUUGUAAUAAUUCGGCGAUGAUGAGUCCGCGGUUCCGUGAAUUGUCUCAGUGCACUACCUUGGGCCAAAGGUGGAGAUUGUUAAUAUAUUAUUGGCCCAAAUAGCCUUUGUAUAUUAAUAAUAGUUGACAACCUAUUCAGCAACCCACUACUCUUACUCCAGUUACCAAACUUGUUUUGUACCAAGUCUAUUUCUCCCGUUUGAUUUUGAACUCAAAUAAGUGAGAUCAAAUAAGUGAGGUGUGUGAUUGUGUUGUCCCUUGCACCGUCCAAUCCCUUGAGCUAAUAAGCCAAAUCUUCUUUAUUAUGAGACUUCCCUGCAUCCUACUUCAUGUGCUAUUGUUCUCUACCGACAGUUGCUCCUUCCUUGCUCUAGCUGUAUAUAUCCACCACCUCUUGAAGCUUUUUGAGAUAGACUGUGAGAACUCCUUCUUUGUGAAGCUGAGUGAGAGGAGUGUUGAGAAGGUAGAAUAGGUUGUUGCUCCCUUAGCCUUGGUGUGCACAAGGAGACUACCGGAAACCGAUCUCCGGCGACCUGAGCCGAAUCCGGCAAGACAGAAACGGAUCCACAACAAUUACCAUUUGGGCUUGGACUGUUUGUCAUUUUGCAAAUUUUUUCUGGGAUGACCAAAUAUUGGGUUACAGAGUGUGAUGUGGAAAGAAGCCUGUGAUUGAAGUGCCUAUUCUUUCUCCUCAAGUGGCCAAGAACAAGGGGUCUAGUAGCUGAAUUAAAGGUGCAAAGGAGGUUGUCAUUGAAGAGAAUAAAUGAUCAAAAAGGAUGUGUAGAGCAUGUAUUAGAUGAGUUCAUCAUGAAAAUAGAAAUUGCCCAAACACUAAAUGACUUUAGAUACUGUAUUGUUUGCUUUUUCAUUUCUGUAAACUUUGAAGCAUUCUCUUAUGAUUCUUAUGUAAUUGAUACAAGUUUGGCAUACAUCUUGUAAUUUUAUUCAUUUUUUGUAUGGCUGCCUUAAUAGCAUUUAGUUGAAGUUACAUUCCUUUAUUAAAAAAUGUAAACUGUUACGUUUAGAAUUCGCACUCCUAUUGUUGUUAUUAUUCAAUUUCAUGCUACUUUUACUUGUCAAAGUUCACCAUUAGAUUCUUACUCAUUCUAAGUUUAUUAUUUAUAACACAUCUCAAUCACCUUUGUAAUUCGUAUACAUCCAACACCAUAGUCACUUUUCUCAUUUAUUUGUAUAAAACGAUACCAUGUUUUCUACCCACCAUAGUGUCUAAGAAAAUGUAAAUCAUAACAAGUCAUAAUGUUAUUAUAAAUUAAAAACGUAACAGACAAUGUUUGCAUCUUCUGUCUUUUCAAUUAUGUUUCUAUUUUUCAAUUCUUUUCUUCUCCCUUUUCCUUCUCCUUUGCAUAAUCUCACAUUGGCCAUUUUUCUUUGAUUUGUAUUUGCUAGCACUAUUGCAGUUGCAUUCUUAUCAUGUUGUGCACACCUUUUCUCUUUCUUUGAGUUGUAACUCUACUAGAGCGUAAUUGCACUGCUUUUGCUGCAUGCUUAAGCUUUCUGGGUCUUUACUCCUUCCACUACGUCUACGUUUUGAAAUUUUGGACCUUUUGUUUCUUUCCCUCCACAAUCUCUGCCACCUAACCUUUUGUGUACUUAUCUGAUCCUCUUCCUUCGUUCACAUGCUUCAUGUCUUUAAUUUUCCGUCUCAUUUCCAACACAGUGCAUUCAAGUAAGCAUUUAAAUGACACAAUUGUAUUCACACAUUUUAUACUUUUCACUUUACUCUUAUUGCUUUGCAUAUUUUCUCCUAAAACAAUGCACCUUAACACUGCUCCACACUUGUAUACUCUUUCCAUUUUCAAUUUUCAUAAUCUAUAAACUUUCUGUUGGGUGUGUUUCGGAAAAUAAAGAAAAUUAAUUAAAAUAAAUUAAUUAAAAUAAAAUGACUAGAGAAAAACAAGAAAGGAGAUGAAGCAGAAUUAUUUAAAGCUCGUGCUACGCACGAUGUCCUUAAAACGUAUUUGUUGCCUCCCACGGUGUUAGGAGCGUUGCAACAAUCGUUUCCCAGGAUACGAUGACUACGAACUAAUGUUUGAGCACAUAAACAAAAGUUUCAGCGAACGAGAACACAGUAUGAACACAGAGGGAAUUUUCAGAUUGCUAGCAGUGUGUUUUAGAGGUGCAAAACGUGCAUGGAGUUAACUGCAUUUUAUAUGUAUAUAAAGUGCGCAGUUAACUUCAAAAAAUCAUUUGACUGCCUUCCCGAUGGAAUUUUUAGCUGAAAUUUGGUAUGAGUAAACUAGACUUGAUCAAGAACAUGCUCAAAAAUUUCUACCGGGAAGGGGCCCAAACGUCGAGGUCCGUACGGAGGUCCUGACAGGAACACUACUCUCUCUCUCUCUCUCUCUCUAUAUAUAUAUAUAUAUAUAUAUAUAUAUAUAUAUGGCCUGGAUGGGCCCUAUAUAUGUAUGGUGGGUCGGCGGAAGAUGGGCCUUGUGCAACCUUUCAGAUGGAGGACGGGUGAUUUUACUCCCAUGGAGAUUCAAAGUGCUAUUAAUCUUGAUUCAAAUGGAGUGCCUUAUGUUUUUUGAGUUUUUCAAGUUUCUUUGGGUAAGGUUUGGUCCCUCCAAAUGUUGUAAGUACCCUCAUUUUGUUUAAUAAAAUCCGGUAAAUGACUCCCGGCAUUUACCCCACUGAUUUUGGUGGUUGGCCUUCCG